AUGAGCUUGCCGAAGUCUACCUCGGGCAGCCGCUACACGUCCGUGUCAGACGACGAUGACAUCCAAGAUAAUCCGCUUCUUGCAUCAGAAAAGUAUCAUGCUGAAAGCGAACCAAUUUGCCAAAGGAGAAGACGACACUCCUUUACCACAACGCACCUCCUCGUCCUCAUCUUGGCCUCUGUCAUCAUCGGCCUAACCCUCGGCCUAACACCUUACCUCAUCAACUCGGCAACACCCAGCAUCUCUGAACCCGCACGUGUUCAAACCAUGGUCAAACCAUGCGGCACCACGUCCGCCGAAGCACGCAAGCGCGGAUGCCACUUUGAUCCCGUCUCCUUCUGCUGGCUGCCCACGGCAUGCUACGACAAAGAGCUGACCAAGGACUUUGACGUCGGCUUGGAGUGGUACCUGGACGCUAACCGCACGCAGCCUGUCAGCCACGAGCAGAUCAUGACGGGAGAGUAUACGGGCUUAUAUGUCAACUGGGAGUACCAUAUUUCGCACUGCACGGCCAUGUGGAAGAAGAUGCACCGCGCCAUUAUGAGCGGUUUGGGCAACGCGGCGAUUGAUUCGUAUAUUGGCGUGUAUGCGCACACGGCGCACUGCGAGACGAUGCUGUUGAAAGGCAGGCAUAUUGCGGCCGAUGUCAUCAACACACGAAUUAAAGUAAAGUUUCCCGAUUGCGAAAUGGACUACACUUCAUGGCGGAGGGAGCAGCUGCACGGCUAA